AAAGUGUCAAGCUGCGCCGUGCUCGAGUGGCCUUUUUCUCCUGCUUUUAAAGAGACCAGAGGAAGGGUGACGAAAAUAAAAAGGCAACAAUCUGUUUGGAAACAUAAAGACGGGUGACUGGAUGGAUCAGCAGCACCACCGGGGCUUCAGUCCUCCUGGAUCUGCAGCCGGAGCUGCCGUCCCCACGUUUCACCCCCCGAUGAUGCGGCUGUCGGUCAUCUCGACCACCGGCGUCCCGGUGGAGCUCACCGUCCCCCGCGGAGAGACUGCCGAGGGCCUGAGGAGUCGUAUCUCCCAAAAACUGCGACUACAAACCGACAGAAUCGUACUUCUGCAUAAAGACAGGCCCCUGACAGCUGGGAAACUGUUGGAGCAGGGUGUGACUGAUGGCAGCAGACUGACACUGGUCCCAGUUAUAGAGGCAGGAUUGAUAUGCACCACGACCAGACAGAGGAACGUGAUGGACAUGUUGGAAAGGUUAACAGAAGUCCAGAUUAAUGAUUUCCUGUCUGGGCUCUCCCCUCUGACUCUCAACAUCGGAGCUGGUUCCCAGACCAUGUAUGUGGAGCUCCAGCUGUCUGCACAAGAUGUGAAGGAUCUGCAGCAAGACAGGGACUUAAAGGCUCAAAGCAGUUGCAAGCCCAAAAGUGACCUUCACACUUCCAGCAGUUUGAGCCAUCCCGACUCUCCUUCGUCUCGGUCCUCCACAGAAUCCAGUACGUCUCAGACUUCCUCUCCAGCUCUUCAUUCGACUGACUCUAAAUCCUCCAUCCAGUGUAGCACACAGAGACCCAGACCUUCCUCUAACUCAACCACUAGUGUCCUGAAUCAAAGCUGCCACAACCCGUUGCCUCCUGAUCCGUCCUGUUUGGGUCACUCGUCUUCGGGUUUACCACGUCCCAGCUGUCCACUGCCAGCAACCACACCAGUCUGCUCAGCUGUACUCACCAGCUCCACCCCGGGACCCCUCAGUCCAGCACAAGCCUCAACAUUUUCAGAGGGUGAUGUUAAUGCAGAACUGUCCAAGCAGCCAGGAGCAGUCAUAGAGACUCUCGUCAGUCACUCUCCAGGUGUCUUCUCUGGGACUUUUUCUGGAACACUGGUCCCUUGUCCUCAGAGCGGCAUCGGUCAUCCCCGACGUGGCAUCGCCAUAAUUCUUCAAAUCCUCAACGACCUCCUCAGAGCCGCAUACUACAACCAGGAGGGCGCUCCUACUUAUCCUCUCCUUCAGCGCUGUCAUCCAUCAAACCUGCCCGUCAGCCAGCUGAUCACAGAGGAGUCCUCCGAAGAAAGAAGCAAGCCACCACUAAUGCAGAGGGCAGCGCACACGGGUGAUGACAGCCAGCUGCUGCACUUGAGCAAAGAGGAAAAUAAGACAUUGCACUGUAAGCUGGAGCGCCUUCAGCUUUUGAUGCAUCAGAGGCGCCUCCGCAGGCGGACUCGUAGGAGCUCACACCUCAGGCAAACCUUUUGCUUGCACCAGCAUCGUCGCCAUCGCUCAUAAUCUUCUGGAACAGAAGAGAUCCAUUCACUGUGACAGCUUUGGGUCUUGAUGACAAGUCAGAGAAACCCUGGCUGACCUCUGCCUUUGUAACAAGGACCGCUCACAUUAAUAUCAGAAAUAUUUAAAAAGUUAAAAAAAUAAAAAGAUCUGGGUGUUUUGUGUCUGUAGUAAUGCUGCUCUUUAUGUAUUUCUUUAUAUUGUCACAAAUGUCUAAGUAAAAGAAAAUUCAACUUUUUUUCAAGUCUUUUAAGAGCCUUCCUCUUUUGAGUCUGCUGCUGCUUCCACAUAUGUCUUGAUGCCGAUUGUCAGCUGUUUCCUAAUGUUAUGUAAACAGCCUAUGUAGGGCUGAACUGUACGUAUAUGUACCUGUAGCCCAUCACCUCUGUUGAGAGAUGAUCUUUCUAGUUUGCUUUUUUUGAUCAGAUAGCUAUCCCCAGGUAUUAAGCGCUUUCUUAAUAUGUAUUUCUCCACUUCCUUAUCCUUCUAUUUUACGACACCAUCAAACAUUUUUAGCCUGUAUUGCAGGUUUAUGCUCCAGGGGCCUGGGUAUUACCCUUUGUGUGUAAAGCUUAUUCUCAGUAUCUCAAUGUUUACCUUUUGUCAUUCUUUAUGUGCCCAAUACACUCCAGAAAGAGCAGCUUGUUUUUGUGGACAGCUUAGUUUUGCAAGUUUAUAUGAUUUGUGAAGACUUCUACUACUCUGUUCUUUUGUUUUUAUUUUCCCCAAGAUGUAAUCCAUGCAUGUGAGCUAUUGUGUUUCUCUCUGCAGUAUAAAGAAAGAAAGAAAUAUAUGAAUUUUCCUCUCAUCGGUCAAUUGCAGUUUUUUUUAGAUAUGCUUUAUAAAUAAACUCGACCUUACUUUGCUUGAAGAUGAUACAAAGAACCC